ACUUCCAUGACAUUGUGCUAAUUUCAAAGAGAGAGACAGAGUGGAGAUGACGGGCACAACUUUUGAAGAGUAAACUGCAUAUUAAUGUUAUGUAAUGUGAAAAUUUCUAACCCGAAUCUUUCUUUUUCUUUUUCUUUUUUUUCACCAAACAGUAUUAAUGUCAGAGAAUCUUACUCCUCCACUAAAUAUUGUGUUGUUUUAAUUCAAAGAGAGAAAGGGAGUAAACUGACACAAUUUUUGAGGAAAAUAGUAUAAUUGUGGAAAAUUUCAAUCAAUUUUUUGCUCCCACCAAGCACUCUGAAAAAAGGAAAGGACAAAUUAAUUUGGCAUGGUUUACAAAAUUUCUAACCCUUCAUUUGAUGUUUUAAGAGUAUUGCAAAUUUUCCAAAAACCUUCGUUAGAGCAUAAAAGAGGACAAAUAAUUUUUUAGCAUGCUGUUUUGUGACCAUUUUUUUAAAAAAAAUAUUAUGAUCCAUUUCUUUUUACAUUGCUUUUCCCAAACUUUUUAAGUAAAUAUUACAUUACUUUUUGACCAGCUAAAGGAUUUUAUUUUACAUUACUUUUUGACUAGUAAUGACCCCGGUAUGGUUCGUUGAAGGUUCAAAGAGUUAUUCUGGGCUUUACUCAGAAACUUCCAGGAUAUUGCAAUUCAUGUAAAAUGCGUGUCACUUUUUGAAAGAGAGACUACUUAAAGCCUAGCCUCUUGCAUCCAUUCACUCACCCUCAAUUCCUAAUUCGUCCUUCACUUUCCUCCCUUUCUAUAUUAACACCGCUUUCAAAGCUUUCUUUCUCUUCCUCCUUUCAACUUUUUUCAUCUUUCUGCUCGUGAAUCCCAAUGGCCUCAUCUCACCAACCCAAGGACUUUGAUGUUUUCUUGAGUUUCCGAGGUGAAGAUACUCGCCAUGGUUUUGUAAGCCAUUUAUAUAAGGCUUUGGAUCAACACGGUAUUCGAACCUUCGUUGAUGAUAAUCUCACUAGGGGGGAAAACAUUUCUGAAGAGCUUUUCAAAGCCAUUGAAAACUCAAGCGCAUCAAUAAUUGUAUUUUCUAAAAACUAUGCAUCCUCUAGUUGGUGUUUGGAUGAACUUGCUAAGAUUAUUGAGUGUACCCCCAAAAAAGUGCUACCAGUUUUCUAUCAAGUGGAUCCAUCUGAAGUUCGUAAGCAAAAAGGGGAUUUUGGAAAAGCGCUGACUAAGCUUGAAAAAAGAAUUAAAGAUAAGACAAAGGUACAAAGGUGGAGGGAGGCUUUAACUAAUGCAGCCAAUAUUUCUGGCUGGGACGACAAAAACAGUCGCACUGAAUCUGAACUUGUCGAACAAAUUAUUGAAGAGAUCUUAAAUUCUGAAUUCAUUUGGAUGCCAUCAAAUGAUGCUACAAUGCAGCAGCUGGUUGGAAUAAAUUCUCGCAUGGAGGCGGUAACAAAACUUUUAGAUAUUAAAUCAAAUGAUGUUCGCAUGGUAGGGAUCACUGGCCUUGGUGGAAUAGGCAAAACUACAAUUGCAAAAGCUAUUUAUGAUAGGUUUUCAAAUCAUUUCAAAGCAAAAAGUUUUGUGGAGGAUGUUAGAGAGCGGUCAAAGACAGAGCAAGACAAAAUCCAUUUACAAGAGGCACUUCUUAAAGGUAUCUCAGAGGGUAAGAAUUGGAGGGUGAGUACUAUAAAGGAAGGAACUGCGAUGAUAAAUAGAAUUCUUUGCCUAAAAAGGGUUCUUAUCAUUCUUGAUGACGUGGAUAAUGCCGACCAGAUAGAAACAUUGCUCGGACGAUGUGAAGGCUUUGCUUCUCGAAGUAGGAUCAUUCUGACAACAAGAAAUAAAAGAUUGCUAGCUAAACGAAAUGGUCUUUCAACCUAUGACUAUGGGGUUAAGGAAUUACAUAAAGAUGAAGCUAUUAAACUCUUUCGUAAGCAUGCCUUCCCAAGUAAUGAAGUCCCUGAAGAUUAUUUGGAACUUGAGAAACAAGCUCUAAGUUAUGCCAAAGGCCAUCCUCUAGCUCUAAAAGUAAUGGGUCGUGAUUUGUGUGAGAAACCUACAGAUUAUUGGGAAGAUGCGUUAGAUUAUUAUAAAAAAAAUCCUCUUGAAGAUAUUCAAAAUGUACUAAAAAGAAGUUAUGGAGGAUUAACCGAGAAUGAAAAGAAUAUUUUCCUUGAUAUUGCAUGUUUCUUCAAGGGAUUUGACAUGAGAUAUAAUAUUAUUAAGGUUGCACUGAAAGCUUGUGGUUUAUACCCAAUAUAUGGUAUUCAAAAUCUUAUUGAUAAGUGUCUCUUGACUAUUGAUCGAUAUAAUUAUUUGUCGAUGCACGACUUAUUACAACAAAUGGGUAUGGACAUUGUUCGACAAGAAGCACCACAAAAGCCUGGGGAACGUAGCAGACUAUGGUGUUAUGAGGAAACUCGUGAUGUAUUAACUGAAGAUAUGGGUUCAGAUAAAACUCGAAGCAUGAUAUUGUGGCCGCCUAAAUCAGAACAAGUAGAGGUGCAAGUAAUGGCACAAAUUUGUAAGAUGAAAAAUCUUAGAUUGCUUUUGAUUCGUAAUGUACGUUGUUGCAAUGGACCCCCUGAAUGUCUUCCCAAUGGAUUAAUCUUGCUUGAUUGGCGUGAUUAUCCAUUUUCUUCAUGGCCACCAAAUUUUUUUCCUAAAAAACUGGUUGUGCUCAACAUGCCUUUUAUCGUAUUAAAGGAACCAGUACCCAAGCAGAAUUUUGAAUCCGUGACAUAUAUGGACUUUAGUGGGUGCGACCUGAUAACGAAAAUACCUGACUUAUCAAUGACCCCAAAUCUAAUGACAUUGAUACUUUCUAACUGUAAAAAUUUAAUUGAGAUUGAUGACUCUGUGGGGCGUCUUGAUAAGCUUGAAAUGUGGGUCCUUACUGGUUGCCACGAACUUGAAACUCUUCCGGAUCUCACGUUGAAAUCUCUUAAAUCUUUUGAUCUGGAAGUGUUCCGGAGCAUUAAAAAGUUUCCAAAUAUCUUGCACGAAAUGAAUUACCUCCAUCGUUUACGUCUUCCAGAAAGCUGUACUGAAUUGCCUCCGUCAUUUGGGAAUUUGAUUGGGCUUAAGAUCUUAGUUGUAGGAAACACUAAUUCAGUAGAGGUGCAUCUUCCGGGUAGCAUCUAUAAUUUACAACAUAUAGAGGAGCUUGAACUUUAUGGCAAUGUCAUAUUUCCAAAGAAUGUGGAGAUUGAUAGACAGCAAAUGUCCAAUUCUCCCAAAUGUGUUUUUCCAAGGUUGAAAAAACUAGAUUUUGAGGAUAAUAAAAUUUACCCAGAAAUAGAAUUUAUUUUGAAUUAUUGUUGUCCCCACACACUGGAAGAGUUAGGCAUCUACUACAGCAAUGUUGUCACCCUCCCAGAAAGCAUGAGCAGAUUUGAGAGAUUACAUACGCUUAUUAUUUUUCGUUGCGAUGAGUUUCGGGAAAUCCGGAGGCUUCCACAUGGUGUAAGACGUGUAGAAGUACUCGGUUGGUACUCGCUGGAUUUACAAUCAUUCUUUCAGCUGGUUCCAGAAAUCAUAGGGCUUCCACCAAAUCUACCACCAUGUUUAGGUGUAACAAGCCACAUGUUUUCACAACAGCUGCUUCCACGCUCACUUUCAUUGCCCGUAACUUCGGAAGAGCACCUUUGUGAACAUAGUUUUGAGGUUGAUGGAGAUGAUAAUGAUAUUCCAAAUUGGUUCAACCAUCAAAGGGAUGGAAAUUUAAUAUCAUUCUUGAUUGGUCCCGAAUUUCCAACAAUUGCUCUCUGCAUUGCUUUUGGAAUAGAAGGUGGUUUUGAUUAUCAAGUCUUUGUUUCCAUCAAUGGUAGUGAACGAACGUUUGAAAGAAAACUCAUUUUUAAUCCGAUAGAAGGGAGCUCUAGGCACCUGGGUUUUUGCUGUAGACCUCAGAGCUCAUUGCAGGAACUAUUUCGGGACUUGCAACUAACUGAUCGGAAUCAUGUUGAGAUCCUCUGUGAAACUCACUAUCUUGUUGAAAGGAUAGGAGUCCAUGUAGAAUGCAAUUGCCCUCCUCCUCAAAAUCCCAGAAUCUUUGAAGACAUUAAUAGGCACCAUUCUUUGCAAUCAGGUUCAGGACUUCCAAUGGAUACAGAAAAUGGAUCAGACUUAGGUUUGGCAUUUGACUCAUCAAAUGUUGAUGGGUCUGAUUUGGGCUCAUCUUCAGUGGCCCAUCCUGUAACGCCCCAAGUAAAAAGAAAGAGUGAAAAAAGAAAAAGGAAAGUAAGGCCACGUUUUGGAACGUUGUUUAAACAACAAUUUCCUUUGUUUAAAAAAAGAAAAAGAAACGUGAUGGUCUGAUUUGUUUAAACAACUCAACUCAACUCAACUUCAAACUCAGAUCAGAUCAGAUCAGAUCGAAUCCAAAUCCAAUGGCUAUCGCUUUCUCAGAUCUCCACACCGAAUCAGGCCUCAAAUCUCUCGACGAGUUUCUUUCCGGAAAAUCCUACGAUUCCGGAGACAAUCUCACCAAGGAUGACAUCAAGGUAUUCUACGCCGUUUGGUGAAACCCGGUGACUCUUUCCCCAAUGUUUGCAAGUGGUACGACGCCGUUUCUUCCCAACUCGCUGCAAGAUUUGGCUGGUCAAAAUGGACUUCAGCUUGUGUCUCCACUCUGACAUUCUCAAAUGUGGUGAACAUAUUUUCAACUGGCCUUUUCAGCAUUAUAGAUGGUUAAGUAAGGGGGAUCCUAUAGCCCUUCUCUUGUGUUUCGUUUUUGUUAUGAAGAUGCUGAAAAGUAUGAUUGCAAGAGCAGCAAGAGGCAUUCUUAUUGUGUUUCAGGUGGGAAAGGAAAUUGAGAUUUCAAACUUCAUUAUAGAUGAUCCCUGCAUCAUCUUCUAUUGGAAAUUUAACUUAGCUUGGUUAUCUUAGUUUUUUGCUUCUUUGCAUUGAGAAAUUUCUGCAUUAAAAAAGAAUACGGGUUUCAAGUGAAUUGGUUUGAGCAGAAGAUGAAUUGGCAGAUAUUGUAGGCUGUAAGGUGAAGAGAAUGAUCAAUCCUUUGCAAAUAAUGAGCUUGGUGAAAUACAGGCAUUACAAGUCUCCUCAAUUAGAGUGGCUUUUCUUGGGAUGAAAUUUGCAAAACAGUGGCUUUUCUUGAUGUUUAGCUUUGGGAAGCUUAUAUCAAGGAACAUUCAGAUUUGUGCUUGAUUUAUGGUAAUGAAAGUCAGAAUGGAAGAUCAAGUUCGUUUGGACAUGAAAAUGGAGGUCAACAAUAAUGGCCUUUGGAUGGGAUUGACGAUAACUUGGGAUAUGCAAUAUCCAGCGAGGGAGUUUGAAAUAUCUUAUCAGGGGAAAAAUGAAAGUUUGCAACUUCUUAAGCCUCAGCAUGUUCUCAAAAAUUUCAUAGAUCAUCAAGGGAGAGAUACAAGAAGCACUGGAGGAAAGGCCAGUAGUAGUCAAAACAAAUGUGGGUACCGAAAAGGACAAAGAGUACAAUUGAAUAGAAUGUAUUGAUACAACAUUUCAAAUUGUUCCUGAAAUAGAUGAGAAGCUCUUUUUGAAGGGUUUUUGAACUCUUAGAAGAUGAGAGAAUGGCCACAAAAUUUGCAGCAAUGAAAUGGUUAUUGAGAAAGGUUCGACAGGUCAUCUAUUUUGCUUGUCAAAUUGGGAUAUAAUUUAGCUUUGGUUCCAGAGUUUUGUCAAUGUAAAUAAGAUCCAAUUUUAGAGUAAAGAUAAUUUUGGAAUAUAAUUUCUUGCUUGAUUCAUUGUUAUAUUUAUACCCAAAUCAUUUUCAAGUGUUCAAGGUUUUAAUAGGAAGUCAGUUUGAUUU